GGGGGAGCGCGGCGGGGAUGGGGCGCCGAGCCGGGCGGGCGCCGGGGCCUCGGCAAUGUUCGCGGGGCUGCAGGACCUGGGCGUGGCCAACGGCGAAGACCUGAAGGAGACGCUGACGAACUGCACGGAGCCGCUCAAGGCCAUCGAGCAGUUCCAGACAGAGAAUGGCGUGCUGCUGCCCUCCCUGCAGUCGGCCUUGCCUUUCUUGGACCUGCAUGGGACACCUCGGCUCGAGUUCCACCAGUCCGUGUUUGAUGAGCUUCGGGACAAGCUGCUGGAGCGCGUGUCCGCCAUUGCCUCCGAAGGGAAGGCUGAGGAAAGGUACAAGAAACUGGAAGAUCUUCUGGAAAAGAGCUUUUCUCUGGUGAAGAUGCCGUCCCUGCAGCCAGUAGUGAUGUGUGUCAUGAAACAUCUGCCCAAGGUCCCGGAGAAGAAGCUGAAGCUGGUGAUGGCUGACAAGGAGCUGUACCGCGCCUGCGCCGUGGAGGUGAAGCGGCAGAUCUGGCAGGACAACCAGGCGCUGUUCGGGGACGAGGUGUCCCCGCUGCUGAAGCAGUACAUCCUAGAGAAGGAGAGCGCGCUUUUCAGCACCGAGCUCUCUGUCCUGCACAACUUCUUCAGUCCUUCCCCGAAGACCAGGCGCCAGGGCGAGGUGGUGCAGAAGCUGACGCAGAUGGUGGGGAAGAACGUGAAGCUGUAUGACAUGGUGCUGCAGUUCCUGCGGACCCUCUUCCUGCGGACCCGCAAUGUGCACUACUGCACGCUGCGGGCCGAGCUGCUCAUGUCCCUGCAUGAGCUGGACGUCGGGGACAUCUGCUCUGUGGACCCCUGCCACAAGUUUACCUGGUGCCUGGACGCCUGCAUUCGCGAGCGGUUCGUGGACAGCAAGAGGGCCCGCGAGCUGCAGGGAUUUCUUGAUGGGGUGAAGAAGGGGCAGGAGCAGGUCCUGGGGGACUUGUCCAUGAUCCUGUGUGACCCCUUUGCCAUCAACACCCUGUCGCUGAGCACCGUCAGGCACCUGCAGGAGCUGGUCGGCCAGGAGACCCUGCCCAGGGACAGUCCCGAUCUCCUGCUGCUGCUCAGGCUGCUGGCGCUGGGCCAGGGGGCGUGGGACAUGAUUGACAGCCAGGUCUUCAAGGAGCCCAAGAUGGAGGUGGAGCUCAUCACCAGGUUCCUGCCCAUGCUCAUGGCCUUCGUGGUCGACGACCACACCUUCAACGUGGACCAGAAGCUGCCAGCGGAGGAGAAGGCCGCGGUCACGUAUCCGAACACGCUCCCGGAGAGCUUCACCAAGUUCCUGCAGGAGCACCGCAUGGCCUGCGAGGUGGGGCUGUACUACGUGCUGCACGUCACCAAGCAGAGGAACAAGAACGCGCUCCUGCGCCUGCUGCCGGGGCUGGUGGAGACCUUCGGUGAUCUGGCGUUUGGGGACAUCUUCCUGCACCUGCUCAUGGGGAACUUGGCGCUGCUGGCCGAUGAGUUUGCCCUGGAGGACUUCUGCAGGAGCCUCUUCGACGGCUUCCUCCUCACGGCCUCACCCAGGAAGGAGAAUGUGCAGCGACACAUGCUUCGGCUCCUCAUUCACCUGCACCACCGGGUGGCCCCGUCCAGGCUGGACGCCCUGCGGAAGGCGCUGGAGCCCACGGGCCAGAGCGGAGAGGCGGUGAAGGAGCUGUACUCUCAGCUUGGCGAGCGGCUGGAGCAGCUGGAGCAGCGGAAGGCCAGCCCGGCCCAGGCCGCAGAGACUCCGGCCCUGGACCUGCCGCUCCCCGCCGUGUCCGCCCCGGCCGGGCUCUGAGGCUCCGCCUGGGCCGGGCCCCCGGUGGGGUGCGGCUGUGGCCAUGGCCGGCCAGGAGCUGCUCGGGGGCGGGGUCGGGCCCUGCGGGGCACCCCCUGCCUGGGGCCUCCUGCACGAGGGCCCCUUUCUGCCCCUGGGCCUCACCCCAAGCUGAGUCCUGGGAGGUGCGUGUUGUCCCCGGGAAUGGGCUUGCGUCCUCGUCCCUCGUCUGGUUCUGUGGGGCACGGCUCUGGGUCUGCUGUGCCCCUCCGGGCCGCCUGAACUCACGCCCAGGCCGUGGAAGCGUCUGGCUCGUCGCCGCCUCUGGUGUGGCUUUCCGCUUCUGGAGGGAGGCAGGUUGGCAGUAGUUGGGAUUAGGGAAAAGGCCACUGGUUUCCCGUGGGGGGAAGGGGGGAGGAGGGGCGGGCCCAGCCUUGUGGGCACGCGUAGGCCAGAAUCUUGUGGUUUGCUGGGUGCGGUCACCUGCAGAACGAAUCUGGUUUCCAGAGGGCUUCUGAGUGUUUCACAGAGGACCGCCUGGCUGACCCAGAGCCCCACAGGCAGGGACCUGCUCCCCCACUGGCCAGCAGCGCCCCAUGUAGCAGGCCUGGCUGAGGAAAACACAGGCCAUGGACUGGCUGCCUCAGUUUACCUUUAGAGGGGUGUGCUCCCUCUUACUCAGCUGCACACAAUGAGACUUUCACUUAUGUAAAUAAAAGGCGUUUGGGUAAAUCCA